AUGGAAAUUUUUAGGCCUAAAACGCCAAGGUCCACCGCUGUGGAGGAUACCCUGGAGCGCAUCACAAAGCACAGUGGGGUGACCACAGUAAUCGUUUUAAGCGAAGAUGAUCUGCCAAUCAUGUCUAAUGCCGAUGGGACAGCAACCAUGGCAUAUGCUAAUGUCAGCCGACCCUUGGAACUGAUGGCCCGUGCCACAAUUAGGGACAUUGACCCGACAAAUGAAUUAGUCGCUAUUCGUAUGAGAACAAAGAAGAAUGAGAUUAUCUUGGCACCCCAAGACAACAAACUGCUCGUCGUCGCACAGUCUCUGGUUCCUAAAGAUGAGCAAGAUUGA